AUGCCUUCCAAGGCCAGACCAUCUUCUGGUAUGCCUUUACCCUCCGAGGAACCAUCCUCGGCUAAGGAGAUACAAGCUGACGACGUGAUACCUGACAUAAAGGAUGCGAACAAUCCUUCUGAGAAUCCUUCAGCUAGCGACUCCGAGGUAGUGCUAGGGGGUUACUGUAGCUGUGGCUGUGAUUCUGAGUUCAGCUCUGACUACGAUUCUGAAUUUAGCUCUGACUACGACUCUGAGAGUUCAUAUACAGAACGACCACCGACAACGCAGGAGUGGUUUAAUCACCCUGUUGAUCUUGUCGCUUUGGAAAGGUCACAGGGAAACACACCAAUCUAUACACGUUCUCUGCUUCGCCGAAUCCGCAAGCAACAACAGAAAGUGCUUCACCAAAUGAACCAUCCAUACAACCACCCUACAAUGAAAUAUCUCACUUGGCGAGACCCGGACGGUCGUCUUACGAAAACCUGGGCGGAUGGGAAGUUUGGUCACUCCAACGACGAGCAAAUCAAACAUGUCGGAGUUGAAUUUGUACCCCGUGUAGCGUUCGAUCGAGACUUUCAGCGCAAGUAUGGACUGGAGGUGAAUGCAAUAUUCUGGUUACGGAUGUAUAACGACACUCUCCCCUUGCCGGCCGGUAUCCUGGGAGUAGCUUUCGAUGCUCCUUACGCGCUUCACACGCAGCAGCAGGAGAAGACUAACGAACACAAAGAUGCAGAGCAGAUGCAGCGAUAUCGCGAUGCGAUCGCACAAGCGUUGGCCUUCUGGGGAGAAAGCGACUUGCGGAGCAAAUUCAUCGAGAACAUUAGGGAAGUUCUGAAGCUGUCGACGCGGAUUAGAAAGAUUGUGUGCUUUGGAUUGGGAGCACCAAGGUCAGAUCGUAUCUUGGACGAAGCGUUCCAGCACAUGUCCGUUUUCUGCAUAGCGAACAUCUUAGCCAGGCGCUACAAAAAGAAGCCAAAGAAGGCAAAGAAGAUACAGAUCCUCCUCCAGGACGUUCAAUACGAAGAGAGAGACUGGACGCUAUUUAAGGAGCUUCAUACAGCUAUGGGCUGUGAAACUAGCAGCGAAAUAGAGUUCGUCCGCGACCCAGACGGCCUUCUCGCCAUUGACUCCCACACCAUGGUAAUCGCUCCUCAUCUACCCGUCACAUUUCCUUGGGCUCAGAUUAUCGCCGAUAUAUUUGCGUCGGGAUCGGGACCGGCUGUCAUUAUGGGGGAUAACCUCGAUGACGAUGCUGAGAAGGAAGUGUUUGAUCUUCACGACCGUGGAUCAUCAGCCGUGGCGAGAUUUCUGUCAGAUCGAUACAUGAAGACCCAGACAGGUCUCAAAAGUGAAGGACCCAGAGCACGACUGCCCGCAGAAAUGAGAGAGUACACCACCCCGUGGACGGUAGAUUGGCUUCCAGAUAUGGAUAUCUUUAUAAGGAAACAGAGUAUGUAG